AAGCCUCCUUUUUUUGAUGGUACUAAUUAUAAUUAUUGGAAGAAUAGGAUGAAGGUCUUCAUGCUUGCAAAUGUGCCCAAGGCAUGGAUUGUGACUAUGAAAGGUCCAUAAGUGCCUAUGAAAGUAGUUGGGGAAAGUGAGGUGCCAAAGGAAGAAGUUGAAUGGAAUGAUGAAGACUUGGUGAAGAUCAUGAUCAACAACAAAGCAAUCAACAUGCUUCAAUGUGCUCUCAAUCCAAUGGAAUUCCAUAGAGUUUCCGGGUGUGAUACAACUAAGAAGAUGUGGGACAUGUUGGAGGUUCUUAGAAGUUUGCCUAAGAAUUGGGAAGCCAAGAAGACCGCAAUUGAAGAGUCUAAGGAUCUCAACACUCUCAAGCUUGAAGAUCUAAUUGGAAAAUUGAUGACAUAUGAGAUAGAAGUUCAAGUUGAUAGUGGAGUUGAAGUAGUUGAGAAGAAGAAGGAUGUUGCAUUCAAGGCUAGCAAACAAAAAGAAGAAAGUGAAGAUGAUGCAAGUGAUGAUGAGUCUAGGCAUGAGGAGGACAUCACCAAAUUGGUUUCAAAAGAAGUGAAGAAAUAUAUGAAGAAGAGCCUCAAAGGGAAAUCCUCUAGAAGAAACAAGGAAAUUCACUACUUUAGAGGAAGAAUAUGUAGUAGUGAUGAUGAUAGAGGAAAGUCAAGCAAGAAGCAUAUCAAAUGUUAUAAGUGUAAUGAGAUGGGACACUAUAGAGAUGAAUGCCCCAAAUUGAAGAAAGGCAAGAAAAACAAAGCAUUUCUUGCCACAUGGAGCAAUGAUGAAUGCAGCUCAACGGAAAGUGAAAGCUCCUUGGAGAAUGGUAUUGCAAAUCUUUGCUUCAUGGCUCAAGGGCAUAACAACAAUGAUGAGGAGGUAAACUCUAACUUCUCUAGUUCAAUUAAUGAAAGUUCCUUUGAGUAUUCUUAUGAUGAUUUAUGCAAAGUUCUUGAUUGCUCUAUGAAUGAUAUCAAGAAACUAGGGAAUGAGAAUCUUGCUCUUACUAAAACCAUUUCAUUGCUUAAAAAUAGGAUUGUAUCUCUUUCAAAACAAAAUGAGGUUUUAUUUAAAGAAAAUGCCUCUUUAAAUGUGAAAUUGCAUCUUUAAAGAAUGAGGAGUCUAAUAAUGCUUUGAAAAAGGAAAAUGAGGAUGCAAAGAAGGAAAAUGAGGAUUUGAACAAGGAAAAUGAGGUUUUAAAGAGAAAAGCUUGUGAUCUUGAGAAUGUGAUUUCCAAAUUUACCUUGAGUAAGAAAAAUUUGAUUCUAUC